CAGAUUUUUCUGCUGCUAACUUGGUUUUUAUGUUUUGUUAGCCAGUCUAGCAAGCAGAUGUCGACCGGUAGAAUUAAUUUUCAAAUGAUUAUAUGUGUGUGAAACGGUUCAGACGCCACUCCUAGCCGAAGGGGAGGAUGGCACAACAACACAGCCCACCUGAGAUGUCCCAGAAGGCUGAGUACCUGAGGCCUGAUAAUGAGUCGGACGGGGACUCUGGUGUUGGGGAGGAUGCAGGAGAGGACGCUGACAUUUGCCCUCAAAACACCGGAACAGCAGACGAUAACACCGAGGAGCAAGACAGCAUGGAGGAAAAUGGUGGGGAGGGAGAAGAUUUUACUGUCUUUGUUGCCUUUCAAGGUAACAUGCAAGACGAGGACUUCGGUAAAAAACUUGACACUAUCCUCCAAGGAAUACCAAACAUACUUGAUAUGGAAUCUGAGACGCUAAAGCCUCAGCAUGUGGAGCCAUGGAACAGUGUGCGUGUUACCUUUAAUAUUCCUCGGGAUGCUGCUGAGCGACUCAGACUGUUGGCCCAGAACAACCAGCAGCAGCUCAGAGACCUAGGGAUCCUCUCUGUACAGAUCGAAGGGGAAGGAGCCAUCAAUGUGGCUAUGGGACCAAAUAGAGGACAAGAGGUUAGAGUGAAUGGACCAAUCGGUGCACCUGGUCAGAUGAGAAUGGAUGGUGGUUUUCCUGGACAGCCUGUUCCAGGUGGUGUAAGGAUGGUUAAUCCAUCAAUGGUUCCCCCUGGGCCUGGCAUGGUUGGACAAACAAUGUUGCCAGGGAGUAGUGGACAGAUGCAUCCUCGUGUUCAGAGACCACCUUCUCAAACAGAUGGCAUGGAUCCAAUGAUGCCAGGCAUGUCCAUUCAACAACAGCAGCAGCAGCAGCUUCAGCAUCAACAGGCCGGUCCCCAGGGCUCAGGCCCAAUGCCUCCUCAAGCUGCACAUCAUAUGCAGGCUCUGCAGGCUGGGAGACCUCUCAACCAGGCCGCGCUGCAGCAGCUACAACAACAGCAGCUACACCAACAGCAGCAGGCUCAGCAGCAAGCACAGCUUUCUCAACUUGGACCUAGGCCUCCGUUCAACCCUGCAGGUCAAAUGCCUGUACCACCUGGAUGGAAUCAGUUGCCCUCUGGCAUCUUACAGUCACCAGCGGCCCAAGGCGGCCCUGCCUGGAGAAAACCGCCGCCCCAAGCUCAAAUGAUUCAACGGCCACCGUCCCUUUCAACAGUUCAGACACCCAAUCAUCCACCACCUCCAUAUCCGUUUGGCAGCCAGCAGGCUGGGCAGGUUUUCAUGGGACAAGGACAGUUACAGCAGCAACAGCAGGGAGUGAUGGGUCAGUUUGCUGCUCCCCAACCUAAAGGUCAACAGGCUGGCCCUGGUGGUGUCCCAGGACCACCCAGACCCCCACCACCUCUUCCACAGACAUCUGGGCCACAGGGCAACCUCACUGCCAAGUCCCCUGGAUCAUCGUCAUCUCCAUUUCAACAGGGAUCUCCAGGGACACCUCCAAUGAUGGCUCAGAGACCUACAACUCCACAGGGUUUCCCCCAGGGUGUUGGUUCACCAGGAAGAGCAGCCCUCGGCCAACAGGGUAACAUGCCACAAGGAUUCAUGGGAAUGCCCCAGCAUGGACAACCGGGGGCCCAAAUUCACCCAGGCAUGGCAAAACGUCCUAUGGGCUUUCCAACCCCAAACUUUGGUCAAGGGCAGGUGAGUGCCAGCACUUCAGGAACCCCUGGUGGAGGAGCAACAACGCAGCUGCAGAGCAACCAGGCAAUGACUCACACAGCAGCAGUCCAGCCAUCAGCCUCCACACCAAACUCAAUGCAGGGACCACCCCAUGUUCAGCCCAAUGUUAUGGGUGUUCAAAGUGGCAUGACCGGUCCAACCCCUGGUACAACAGCUGGACUUAGUAUGGGCCAGCAGCAGCCUGGCCUCCAGACCCAAAUGAUGGGCCUCCAGCAUCAGGCCCAGCCUGUGUCCUCCUCCCCCAGCCAGAUGGUUCAAGGCCAAGGUGGAGGUCAGACUGUCCUUUCAAGGCCCAUCGGUCAAGGGCAGAGAGGAGGGAUGACCCCACCUAAGCAGAUGAUGCCACAGCAAGGCCAGGGGGUGAUGCAUGGGCAGGGUCAGAUGGUUGGAGGCCAAGGGCACCAGGCCAUGCUCCUGCAACAGCAGCAGCAGCAGCAACAAAACACAAUGAUGGAACAAAUGGUCGCUAACCAGAUGCAGGGAAACAAGCAGGCAUUUGCAGGCAAGAUUCCACCUGGGGUCAUGUCAGGCCAGAUGAUGCGUGGCCCUUCACCAAAUGUUCCAGGUAACAUGGCUCAGUUCCAGGGCCAGAUCGGCCCACAGCAGAUGAUUCCACAACAGCAGCAGCAACAGAUGGCUCAACUUCAGCAACAGCAGUUACAACAGCAGCAGCAGCAGCACCAGCUGCAGCAACAACAGCUACAACAACAACAACAACACCACCAGCAAAUGACUCAGCAACAGUCCCAGCAAGUUCCAGUUGGUGGUAAUCCUAAUCAAGCUAUGGGCAUGCAUGGACAGCAAAUGAGACUCCCUGCUGGUCAUCCUCUUAUCCAACAGCAACAAUUGCAACAACAACAAUUGCAGAAGCAGCAGCAGCAGCAGCAGCAGCAGCAGCAACAACAGCAGCAACAACAGCAACAACAACAAGCCAUGUUGCAACAACAGGUAGUUCAGCAACACCCACAUGCCAUAGGAGAUCCCAAUAGUGGGGCAGGAGACAUGGGAGUCCAGCAAAUGCCCCCUGAAAUGCAGGCACAGCAGCAGCAAGGCAUGAUGGGAGGCCCUCAGCAUAUGCAGAUGGGAAAUGGACACUUUGCCGGUCAUGGAAUAAAUUUCAAUUCACAAUUCCCGGGUCAGAUGCCAAUUGCAGGACCCUGUGGACAGGGUGGUUUUCCCGUUAAUAAAGAUGUCACACUGACGAGCCCACUGCUGGUCAAUCUACUGCAGAGUGAUAUCUCAGCCAGCCAGUUUGGACCAGGGGGGAAACAGGGUGCAGGUGGAGGAAAUCCAGCCAAACCCAAGAAGAAGAAACCUCCACGUAAGAAGAAACCUAAAGAUGGUGAUGGACAACAGCAAGGAGAGGGACUGGGUGGUCUUGAUAUGAAUGCUAGCAUGGAAGAUUCUGAAAUUCCAAAUCUGGGUGGUGAGCAAGGUUUGAGUUUAGACAGCUCAGGCCAGAAACUCCCAGAUUUUGCGAACAGGCCUGCAGGCUUUCCAGGUCAGCCCGGAGAGCAGAGAGUACUACAGCAGGUACCCAUGCAAUUUAUUCAACAACAACAACAGCAACAACAGCAGCAGCAGCAACAACAACAACAACAGCACCACCAACAACAACAGCAACAACAACAACAAAUGCAACACAUGCAACAGCAGCAAAUGCAGCAGCAAAUGCAGCAUCAGCAGCAAAUGCAACAUCAGUUGCAACAGCAGCAAAUACAACAACAGCAGCAGCAGCAAAUACAACAACAACAGCAGCAGCAACAACAACAACAACAACAACAACAACAACAACAACAACAACAAAUGCAGCAACAGCAGCAGAUGAUGCAGAUGCAGGGUCUCCAGAAUGCUCAAGCACAGCAAGGGAUGGCAGGUCCACACACUUCAGGCCAAGGUCAACCACAAAUGCACCCUCACCAGCUGCAGCAGCAGCAACAACAACAACAACAAAUGCAGCAACAGCAGCAUCAACAACAACAACAACAACAACAACAGCAGCAGCAUCAACAGCAGCAGCAACCGCAACAGCCACACUUACAACAACAGCAACAACAACAGCAGAUGAUGAUGAUGCUUAAGAUGCAGCAGGAGCAGGCAAAGAAUCGCAUGCCCAUCCCCAUAUCAGGACAGCUUCCUCCUCGAGGUAUGGGAAAUCCUGCAGAGGUGCAAAGGCAUCCUGUUUCACAGCAAGGCAACAUGCCUGUAAUGAUAAGUCUUCAAGGACAUGGAAGUGUACCGCCAUCGCCUGACAAACCCAGAGGGAUUCCCCUGAUGGUGAACCCACAGCUCGCAGGAGCUGCACGAAGAAUGUCCCACCCUGAUGUGAGCCAAGGUGCCGGAUCUGAGGAGGCCCCCACAGCUGCUCAGUCAAAGCAGGAAAGGCCUGGUGGCUCUGAAAUUGGGGGGGUACAGCCUGGAAAUGGGACCCAGCAAAUUGUGGCCAGCCAGGUCACUAACACUCACAUGAUGAAACAAGGACCUGGUCCAACACAAAUGCCCCAACACACAGGAGCCAGUCCCCAGCAGCAGUUACCUACCCAGCCGCAACAGGGAAGCCACAUGCCUGGCCUUCAUUUCUCCAAUCUUCCUACAACAUCACAGAGUUCAAGACCUAAAACCCCUAACAGAGCCAGCCCCAGGCCAUACCACCAUCCACUCACUCCAACUAAUCGCCCACCAAGUACUGAGCCUUCUGAAAUUAACCUUUCACCUGAGAGGCUAAAUGCUUCAAUUGCAGGGCUUUUUCCUCCUAAAAUCAACAUUCCUCUGCCUCCAAGGCAGCCGAACCUUAACAGGGGAUUUGACCAGCAAGGUCUGAACCCGACAACGCUGAAAGCCAUUGGGCAGGCCCCCCCUAACUUAACUCUAACAAGCAACAAUAAUAAUGGAAAUAAUACAAGUGGGAAUAACACUAACAACAGUCAACAGUCUUUCCCUUCUGGGACAGGGGUUUCUGGAGCUAAACAGGACAAACAGCAUGGAGGGCAAAGUAAAAGGGCGAGUCCUAGCAAUAGUCGGAGGUCAAGUCCAGCCUCUGGCCGCAAAUCGGCUACUCCAAGUCCAGGAAGACAAAAGGGGGCAAAAAUGGCCAUAACCUGCCCUCCACUUCAGCAACCGUUGGCAAAUGCUCAAGGACAAACAAUGAUGCUAAGCCCCUCCUCUGUACCUCCAAGUCCAGUAUCCAUGCCUUCACAAGUGAGUGGGGCCAUUGAGCCACAACAGACCCAGAGCUCCCUUCAAGGUGUGCAUGGUAAUCCUUCUGAUGCAGUCAGGGAAAAUCAGGGAAUGACUACUGCAGAGCAGCAACAAAUACCCCAAACUCAACCCCAAUCACAGCCUUUAAGGGAAUUGUCGGCUCCAAAAAUGGCAUGUCCUCGUCUGCCUUUGCCUCAGCAGCCUAAGCCUGAUUUGGAAGUGCAGAUGAGCACAGUAGAUAGACAGUCCCGACACCCAGCACCUACGCAGGACUCUGAGAUUCCAUCUGCCAUCAGAGCAGCUCCAACCUCCCUCAAUCAGUUAUUGGAUAGCACAGGUGUUUCAAACAAACCACUUCGUACCACACAGGUUAAUACUUCUGUCACUGGAAAAGACAACCCCAAGUCUACUUUGGAUCCAGACAGACUACUUCAAAGUAAUUCCCAGAGUACAGAUAGGUCAGUAUCUGCUGCUAAUACUGCUACUGUAAAUGAAAUGGAGGCCAAGCCCAAACCUGCUCCCCCAGCCUCUGCUAGCACUACUAAUGUAGAGCCUUCAUCGAUUCCCAGCUCACACCCUUCCUGUAAUGUAAACUCCAAUACUAUUCUUAGCCUUAACCAAAACCCUAUUUCUAGUCUUGGCAAUCUUAAUCCAGGUGUAAAUUCAACAUCUAGCAUUUGCAACUCAGUCAGUACUAACACUAACACUGCCCCCAGUGUAAACCCCAACACAGCCACUUCCAGUCCAAAUAGUUCCUCCUCACCUGUAAGUACCACUUCUAACUCCAGCUCUGCUGUAAAUCCUGCCUGUUCAACUGUUAAACCAAGCCCUAGUCCUAAACCUGUCACAAGCAUUCACUCAGUCAUACAGAUCCCUUCAUCUUCAAGCACAAUCUCCUCUAACCAAAUUACAGUAUUUGUCACCUCAAACCCUAUUACUUCUGCGCCUGUAUCCACAAUGAUGGCAGUCCCUAAUAGGACCAUUAGACCUCAGGAUAUCAGGCAACAGAGUCCUGGCCCUCGACCUCCUCACUUUAUCACCACCACCCCUGUGUUUAUCAACCCAAUAUUUCAGGUCCCAGGUUCUUCUGGUGCCCCAAAUACAUCAGUAGUAUCACAAUCAGUCACCAUGGUGGGGUCUAUUCAGGUGUCCACAGCGAACAUUCAGUUUCCUGCUGCCCCAACGACCACACAGUCUGCAGGGGCUAAUAUUACCAGUGCCCAGCCAAACAGAAGUGCUGUGGGACAAGUCCAACUAGCUACUAGUGUAUCCUCCUCAGCCCCAGCUGGUUCUGUUUUAGCUUCACAGCAACUAAACCCAGGGACCAUCAAGGCAGAAACUCAGGUUGAGACAGGUUCCUCUCAGAAAUCAACUCCUCAAGCCUGGCAACCUUCUCCUAACCCAAGCCCUUCAACAUCCUCUCCCUUUCAGACAACUCUGGCUUCUCCACCGCCCUGCUCUAGUCCUGGGGCUAUUAACACCAUUCGAAAAAGCCCAGUUUCUACAUCUACCACUGCCCCAGUAAAAAGUAAGCCUCCACUAGUGGCUGUAUCUGUUUCUGGCACAGGUGACUCUCAGCAAAGCUCUGUGGAAAGGCCUCCACAGGGUCAAAUGGGGACUCUUCCGUCACAGGUCUUUCAUCCUCCUGCUAAUUCAGGCAUUCAGACUGAAGCACAAACUACCAAUAACACUGCAUCAAACAUUUCUCUGCCCGUAGUUUCUUCCCCUGUCCCAGUUGCUGGUCAAGCUACUGUUCCUAAUCAGAUUGUUGGACCGGUUCCAGUGCUGGCACCAGCUUCAGCCUCAAACCAAGCACAAGCUAUACAUUCUCAAGCCCCUGUUGAGACUAUAGGUGGCACUACCACUGGGGUUUCGGCUGCUUCUUUACUCUCAAUGGUCACUUCUGCACAAACCCCUGUACCAUCGAUUGUUCCAAUUGUUGCCACACCUGGACCCGUUGAAAUUUCCCACACCACAUCUGCUCCAGUUGGGAACCCCAGCAGAGUUGCACCAGGCCAGACUGACCCUUCAGCUGUCGAGCCCUCCAAUCCACAAACCGCAGCACCUGCAGAGUCCACUCAAACCACCCCAGCACCCCUUCAACAAGAAGCUUCACAAGAACCUGCUGCCACCGAGAAGACAGGUGAAGAAGUCUCAACAGGUUCUGAGCAGGGAUGGGCAAAGAAAAGAAAGACGCCCAUCAACUUAGUACCAAGAGCUGCUGUUGAGAAGCCCAAGGGCCCAAGCAGACGCAGCUCCCGAGCUGAGAAAGAGGUGGAGGAAGAGCCAGUAACGGACAGUAGCAUCAGGAAGAGAUCCGCCAGGCCUGGAACCAGUGCUGCUGUAAAAGAGACAGGAGCGAGCCCCACCCAAGCCAAACGAAGGAAAUCUAAGUAGGCACAACUGCAGUUGUGUUCACCCGUCAACUGUACUGUAAAUGUUUUUCUUUCACGCUGUGAAUCCGUUGAUACUGGUUUCUCUUGCCUGGAUGCGCAAUUUUUACUGGAAAAGGAAACCAUGUACAUAUUACUUUUUUUUUUUUUUAAAUUGAGCUAUUGUUUUGUCCAUGCUAUCACGUGAGAUUGUAGUUAGAAUGUGUGCAUACAGUUUGUGUGAAUGUGCUUUUUAUAUUAAAUGCUGGAUUAAUCAUGUGAAGACUGAUAAUGAAACUUACUGUAUAAUUAUGUUGUAAAACAAAUAAAUUUUCUACUGCUUUUGUUCUGUGAAA